UUUUGUUGUUCCAGAAGUCUUCGUCGUCAUCCAUGUUUUUUUGACACGCGCAAUGUGAUAGCCAUUUUGUUAAAGAAGCCGACGUGGCGACCGGCUAAUUAAAUAGUUUUCUAUCAUCAUGAAAAAUAUCUCCUUGAGAUGGAUCACCUUGAUCGCGUUGAUAAGUUGGACCUUAGUUUCUUCUGAAACUGUUAUGUCAACAGAAUCAUAUCUUCGAGAAUUUGAUGUAACUAGGUUACAAAAUGUUCUCACUCCAGGAUUCGAACUCACUGAUAUUCCUUCAGUGCACUAUGCCACUUUUGGAUAUAAAUUGCUUGGAAAAGCAAUACCUAAAACAUCUGAAAUCUGUAAUUUUCUGGUGAAGAACAGUGGAAAUGAAACUUCUUUAGAAAACAUUCAUUACAUUGUUUCUACAUGGGAAACCUUAGGAUCAUGUCCACCUCUUCAAACUGCUUAUUUAUUAAAAAAGAUAAAUACAGCUAUAGAUAAAGAAACUUCAACUAUUCCAGACUUAUACUAUGCAUUAUCUGCUUAUGUUCAGCUUUCUCAACCAUUACCAGAUUCGAAGGCCACUAAAAUUGCCAAUAUGGUACAAGCUGCUUUAAAAAAAGAUGACUGUCUUCAAAACCUCGGUUAUGCAUUUCAUAUCGCUGCGCUUCUUGGUCCUGCUGGUAAAUUUGCUUUAAGUAAAAUUGAAGAUGCUGUGAUUCAAGCUGAUGAAAUUAAUGGUCGUUACUUACAAUUCGAGGGUGGACUUUCUAUAACCAGUCUCGUUGUUAAUGGAAUCGCACAGUUGUCAAACUCCCAAAAUACACCACCCCCCGUUAAAGCAGAACAAAUUGUCAAACUGACAAACUAUUUAAUUUCUCGAAGAUCUGUUCAAACAUUGAAAGGCGUAGUCAAGCUGCUUUCUGCUCUCAAGAUGCUAGCUUAUAACGAGUUUAGCCAGCCAGUCUGUACAACACUUGCUGAAGGUGGAAAUGUUGUGUCUACUAAGCAACCAUUUGUUAGCAUUCGAGUUUGUGAUAUUCUUGGCAAUCCUUUAGUUAAUAUUCCUACAGUUAUUGCAAAUUCAGUAACAAGAGUUGAUGACAAUACAGCUGUACUUACUAAACAAAACUUCAAAUCAUCAGACAAUGAUAAGACUCUAUUUACCAUGAAUCUCAUGGAAAUUAAACCACAACGUGGUUUCUAUAAAAUAAACGUAUCAGCCGGUGAGGUUUCCAACACUCUUACAGUUAAAGUUUUAUCAGAGGUAAAAGUUGAUUACUUGGAAAUUGGAACAGGUGAUGCUGAUCAAACAACUCAACCUAAAUUACUCAAAGUGGCCUAUCCUAAUAAACUAGCUCACAAAAUUGAAGCUGAUUCCCAACAAAAACUUGUAAUGAGAUUUAUGUUACGAGAUGCUGCAAAUAAUAAACCAAUGCGUGUUCAUCAGGCUUUUGUACGAUUAUCAGCAAUUGUUAAGCCUGGAGAAGAUAAACAGCCUCGUGAAGUUAUCUUUGUAGCUGAACCAGAUGCCUCUAAUGUUUACAAGUUUGACAUGCCUGUAGGAAGUGAUGCUCAAACAUUUGGUUUUCAAAGUGGUGAUUAUCAUCUUAAUCUCAUUAUCGGUGAUGCACUCAUCAGUAAUCCAUUCCAAUGGGAGGUGGCUGUAGUUGGUCUCAAAUUCCCUGAACCAACAGGAACUGAUGCCGUAACAAUAAGUAAAUUAGAAGGAUUAAAAAAAAAAUCAAAUAUCUACGCUCCUAAAUCAGAGAUUAAGCAUAUGUUCCGUGAACCUGAAAAAAGACCACCUGUUUUCGUAUCAAAUUUGUUUACUGGACUUUGUUUAGCUCCACUUUUAUUGCUGUUGAUUUUAUGGGCAAAAUUAGAUGUCAAUAUUGCCAAGUUUCCGUUUUCGCUUAGUGCAGUUUUAUUCCAUGUUGGACUAGGAAGUAUCUUCGUUCUAUUCGGCGUUUUUUGGUUGAAACUAAAUAUGUUUGUUACAUUACGAUAUUUGUUAGGUCUCGGAGUCGUAACUUUCUUGGCAGGCAGUAAACUAUUAUCUCACAUUGCCCACAAUCAAAAAGUUACUCGUUAAUAGAUUGUGAGUUGACAUUUCCAUCACAUGAUUUCAUUUUCAUUUAAAAGCAUCACUCGAUCAAUAGAUCAAUGAGUUUAAUCAAGAUGACCCUGUUUAAUGGAUAGAUAUAUUCAUCACAGCAUUAAACAUAACGCAUGUAUUUUGUAGAAAAAUUACGUUUAAUGAUGCAGGUAAGCUGUAAAUUUCUAAUCAUCACUGUGUGCGUCUUAAAAAGUAUGACUGAUAAGCAUUUAAAUUGAGAAUAAAUGCGAUAAUGAUGAUGAAUUGAAAUAAAAAUUCCUUUUGUACAGA